GUUAUUUUCUUCUCUGGUGUUGCGGUUUCCUGUCUGUGUGCCUCUCUGGUUCCAGAGAGGUUACGUGCACUGUUAGCUGCUGCAGUGAGCUCCUAGUGAUUUGGUUUGUACACUAGACUCAGGAUAACCGAGAGAGUUCACACUAAAUAGUUUAUACCACAGCCUGAUUUGGAAUGUUGUGUUUCCACCAUUUACUGCUGGGUGUUAUAUUGUUUAUAUUGGUAUGCAGGUAUUCUUGGUGUCAUUAUUUAGCUUUAGAGGUGUUAAUGAUAGACAGCAGCAUGGCUAAUUAAAUAUACACCCAUUAUCCAUUUUUUCAGCUCCACUCAGCAUAUAGGGACACUUUGUAGAAGUAUAAUAGUAUAUUACAGACUGUAGUGCUGUAACUGUUUCUCAGCAUAUUUUAUUAUCCUCCUUUCACCCUGUUCUUUAGUGGUCAGGACCAGCACAGAGCUAGUAGCUAUUAUUUGGGUGGUGGAUCAUUAUCAGCACUGCAGGGACUACCACCACUUGCAUGGUGGUGGUGUAUGAGGUGUUACUGUGUGUUGUGCUGUGUGUAUGAGUGGAUCAGACACAGCAGUGCUGCUGGAGUUUUUAAACACUGUGUACACUCACUGUCCUCUACUCUAUUAGAAACUCCUACCAUGUAGAUCAUCUGUUGCUUUUCUUAAUUAACUAUAAUUAAUGUCAUGUGUUGUGAACUUCAGGUUUUUCAAAAAGACCAGUUUGAAAUACAUGAACAGUAAAUGAACAAUUUGUUUCCUUACAAUUUCUGAGUAUUACUUUGGAAUCGCCUUCUCUUCCACCCAACCGGUUUAUGAUCUGCUCUGUUGUACACUGUUUUUGGGGUUUAAUGAGGCUUGAGCUGGAGCUGUUGGAGUUUCGUGCGAAACUUCGAGUCAGGUGGCAGACAGGGAGGAACUCUUUUUAUCAGUUGUGUUUAUAGCCUGGUCGUUUAAUGAUUUGUGAACAGUCCUUUCUACAGGGCUCGUAUUCGUGACUGUGUUUGUGUGAGUGUCAGCAGGGUGCUGUUUAUGUAUGAUACAUGUUUCUGGGUCUUGUGCGUGUGCUCGCCUGAGUAUCACUCCCUACAUUACAUCAGCACUAACACACAGGCAGGAAGGGCAUGUCCAGACAAUAUCUCGGUAUAGGCAGUACCAGUGAAGCUGUCUCUGGAUGCACUGCUGCAGAUGUCCAGUGCUCAGGUGCAGGAGACCAUGAGGAAACUAGGCUCUAGCACUGACGAGUGUUCUCGCAUCACUGCUGCCCUCUCCUGCCUCAAGAGCGCCACUGACACAGGCCGCGAACUGAAGGAUGAGGGAAUUCCCUGGAUAGUAGAACCUCCUCGGUGCAGCGUCGACACUUUGAACUCAGCUGAACAUCUCUCCUGCUCCACUCAAAGCCCUCAGCCCUACAGCCCGAACCCAGCCAGCCGCCGGCCGGUCACUCCCUCAGGACCCUGCGCUCCCCGUUCUGUCUCUGUGUCCACUGUCCCCAACCUGGACUGCGCCUCUUUAAACUCUUAUGAUGGACUGGCUGACCCUUUCCUUCCCUCACCGCAACUGAUUCGUCGACCUUUGGGUUUCGCAUCGACUCCUCCCUUGACCCCGCCCACCUACAGGAAUGCUCUGUUAAAGCCACCCCGCACACCCCCGCCCCCUUCCAACAGGAUACGCAUGCUCCUGCCGAACAUUGCCCUGCCCCGCAGCAAAAGCCACACCCAGCUGGCCAACCGCGUGGAUGAGCCUGCACCCAACAAGAAUGGGAAGCAAAUUAAGCUGCCUUUAAAUGUACAAGUGAAUGGUGGGGGCUAUAAUUAUGAGGACUGGCCAUCACCCUCACGCUCACCACUGCUCUCUGACUCGUCAUCGUACACUGUACCAAACACACCCAACCUGGUGGACAGCCCCACACUGAGAACAGUCCCAAAGAGCUCUCCACAUACUAUACGGAGAGAUUUUGGCCUUACUUUUUCACACAGGUUUUCCACCAAGUCAUGGUUUUCCCAGACGUGUGAGGUGUGUAAGAAGUCCUUGAUGUUUGGCGUAAAAUGUAAACACUGCAAGUUAAAGUGCCACAACAGGUGUACCAAAGAGGCACCUCAGUGCAAGCUACCUUUCCCAGUUUCACCAAUCAGAAGAACAGAGUCAGUUCCUUCAGACAUCAACAAUAAGGUGGAACGGCUGCCUAAUCAGUUUGGAACAUUGCCGAAGACAAUUAACAAAAAGGAACAGCCUCCAUCUGUGAGUCAGCUGGACUCCAGCAGUAACCCAUCCUCCACCACCUCGUCCACACCUUCAUCACCUGCUGCUUUCAGCCAGAGUAACCCACCCAGCGCCACACCACCCCCCAACCCAUCACCCAAAGGGCCUCGCGACAACCGCUUUAACUUCCCAGCUGCCUGCUACUUUCAGUUCAGACAACAGUUUAUCUUCCCUGACGUAUCUAGUUCCCCACAUGCAGACAGCUGUCAGGACAAAGGAGAAACGGAGCAGGUGGUUGGUGAGCUGACCUCGCAGUCAGUGGCACAGGAAGAAGCUGUGAAUGAGAAUGUGAAUGACGAAGUGGAUCAGCAGGAAAAUGAAAGACAAGAUGAUGCUGGUUCUGAUGAUGAAGGUGAAGGUGAAGGCGAGGGUGAAGAAGAUGACUUGGAUGACCUGCCCAGCUCCCGCGGUAGUCAGUGGAAGGGCCCCUUCUCACGCAAGCGCAGCCAGACCAGCGUAUACCUGCAGGAGUGGCACGUGCCCUUCCACGAGCUGAACCUGGGGGAGCUGAUAGGAAAGGGCCGAUGGGGGAAGGUGUACCGGGGCCGCUGGCACGGAGAGGUGGCCGUGCGUCUGCUGGAGAUAGAUGGAAAUAAUCAAGGUCACCUGAAGCUCUUCAAGAAGGAAGUGAUGAAUUACCGGCAAACUCGGCACGAGAAUGUGGUGCUGUUUAUGGGAGCCUGCAUGAACCCGCCACAGCUGGCUAUCAUUACGAGUUUCUGCAAGGGUCGGACGCUGUACUCUUUCGUCAGAGAUUCUAAAAACUCACUUGACCUCAACAAGACGAGGCAGAUCGCUCAGGAAAUUGUAAAGGGAAUGGGCUAUCUCCAUGCAAAGGAAAUUGUGCACAAGGAUUUGAAAUCCAAGAACGUGUUUUACGACGCAAACAAAGUGGUCAUCACAGAUUUCGGUCUGUUUGGCAUGUCUGGAGUGGUGCAAGAGGACAGGCGAGAGAAUGAGCUGAAGCUGCCACACGGCUGGAUCUAUUACCUAGCUCCUGAGAUUGUACGGAGAAUGUGUCCUGGGAAUGAUGAGGAGCACUUGCCUUUCUCCAAAGCUGCUGAUGUUUAUGCUUUUGGCACUAUUUGGUACGAGCUGCAGACACGAGACUGGCCUAUUACUAACCAGCCAGCUGAGGCUGCAAUCUGGCAACUGGGAAGUGGGGAAGGCAUCAGGCAGCAGCUGAGACAGAUCAGUCUAGGCAAGGAGGUUACGGAUAUCCUGUCAGCCUGCUGGUCCUUUGAGCUGGAAGACCGGCCUACUUUCUCGCAGCUCGCUGACCAGCUGGAGAAGCUUCCCAAGCUCAACCGCAGACUGUCUCACCCCGGACACUGGAAGUCAGCCGACUCGUGGCGUCAUCACUGUUUGCGAGAGCACUGUAGUCAGGGCACACGCUCUCGCUGCCCUUACUCUUACAAAUACGGCAUUUAAUGAAUGGCUAUAGCUAAACAAUUGCAUGGCUGGUCCAUGAGAGAAACUGGUGGAUCUCUGGUUUGCACAUAGUGUUUUAUUUUUAUUAAUAUUAUUUAGAAAUCAGUUCUUUGUCUGUGAAUGCUGUUGGCUCUGAUUCUGGGAGGGAUGUUUGGAGAAUAUGACCGACUGCAUUGUUGCCCUAAAGGAGUAACUUUAUCUAAGAUGCUGAAAUGGCUACCAAUAACCAUGAUUGCUUACAUUGUCCCUAAUCAGUGCCUAUUAAUUUUCUUUUACUGUGAGCAAGAUCAGCAUUUCUGACUGAGCUAUUUCUUUAUCAUGAAAUAUCAGUCAUUGCCCCAAAUUCUUAUCUCUUAUUUUACCAUUUUAAAACACAUUUGUUUGCAGUAUCACACUUCGCAAAGUUUUUUUUGUGCUGUUUUGAAUAACGCCAAUAAUACUAAUAAUAAUAACUACAGUAUGUGAUGUUCAUCAUUGCACCUGCUGAUUACAUCAUUUCUUUAAAUUAUCACUUGUUAAUUUUCCUAAACACUGCAAUACACAAUGUUCAAUAUUCUCAACAAUGAGAAUGUACAAUUUAUGAACAAAAGUAUUGGGGCAUGUUUCUGUAUAAUCUCCUUCUGUUGAUUUUAUACACCUGUGGUAGUGGAACAGAAUAAAACACAGCAAAUAAGAAAAAAAAUACAGUGAGUAAUUGACUGGUUCAAUGAUGAAUAUUGUUGGGUUAUUAUUGUCAUUAGAACUAUUGUUAGUAGAAUAUGAUUGUACUAGUGUUAUUAAAAUAAUGUAAACCUUUGCUUUUUAAUUAAGCUGCUACAGUGAUAAUUUCAGAUAUGUCUUACACAGCUACCCGUUUGUGGGGGCCUAACAUUCUGUAUCCUCUUUAUCAGCCCUGCCCGUCUCUUCCUAUUUCCUGUGGCAGGAUUUAGUCAGAGUUCAACUAUUCUCCACUGCUAACCUUCCAGCCUGCCUGCAUCUCAAUCUGAAUGCAGAAAAUCUUCUGAGUGCUGCUAGACUUAACUUUCUUUCAUGCCUUAUUGAAUAUUUUUAGCUGACAUCUCUGCCAUGCUUUUGCAGAUCUUUUGCAGUCUGCUAUAUUAAGCUAUAUAUAUAUAUAUAUAUAUAUAACAAAAUACAGAAAUCAUAUCAUGUGAAUGUGUUUCAGUUCUGGUUUCAGAUUGUUUCUGUUUCUGUUUUGGGUCACGAGAAACAACAGCUACUCAAGUAAACACUCAAGUUACUGCAGGUCAGAGGUCUGCUAUAUUGGAUUUAGGCAUCAUGGCAAAUAAAGCUUUGUAUACAUAUAAGAUGUUCAGCUGACUUUAUUAAAAAAAUUAUAUUGUUAAAGAGAAGGAACUGAUAGCAGAAGGGAGGCAGAAGAAUUUUGGGUGGGAAAGUCAUUUGCUUAGUUGUGACAACUUUUUUUUUUGUCAAAAAUGUCUAAAUAAUUCUACCAUGGCAGAAAUGUGCACUCUGAGUUGAGUUUAAAAGAGUGUGUGUGUGUGUGUGUGUGUGCCUGUGUUUGAAUCUGUGCUGUGUUUUUUUAAGGGUCUUUUUAACUGAAUGUAAAGUUCCAGACUUUUUUUCAGAAUUUUAUUCGACUGCAGUUUGUGAGCAUUCACAGGGGAAUUGUUUUGAUAGAGUUUUAUUUAUUGUACAGUUAUAAUUUCUAUUAUUAUUUGUACAAACGUUUAUAACAGCUUUCACUGUCACAUUUGGAAUAGGUACUUUAUUUCCAUUUUAUAGCUAUUAACACAGGUAUGUCCGUUUUGGACAAGUUUGACAUGUAUUUUUAAUGUAAGAUUUAAUAUUGUUGUACAGCAUGUUCAAUGUGUAAGUAAUGGUCUCUUUUGUUUUCUCUUCAACUCUGAGAAACAAUAAAGCCUAAAUCAGUGAAUGAACAAGC